CAGUUGCAUAGGAUGAUCUUGUGGACUUUAAACUCGACGCCAUCGACUCUGAUCAGGGCGUCGCACAGCUUUCCCUCCAGACGGAUCUCGUUAAUCGCAUCACCGAAGAUGGCGCUCAUCGUUCAAAUGUUACUCCAGAGGAACACAACGGGAGCUAGUUAGCUUCAGCUAGCCAGCCUGCAGAGCUAACAGGCUACACUAGCAGAUGUAAAGAGCACCAUGGAGGGGAUUCUGUACAAAUGGACCAACUACAUGACAGGCUGGCAGCCACGCUGGUUCGUCUUAGAGAAUGGAGUCAUCUCUUAUUAUGACAGCGAGGACGACGUUGGUAAAGGAAGCAAAGGAUCCAUCAAGAUGUCCGUGUGUGACAUUAAAGUUCAUCCGACAGAUAUUACGCGUCUGGAGUUGAUCAUCCCCGGCGAGCAGCAUUUCUACGUCCGAGCCGUAAAUGCUGCAGAGAGACAGCGGUGGCUGGUGGCGUUAGGCUCGUCCAAAGCUGGAACGCUGGACAGUCACAAACACAAAGGUCCAGACUGCCUGAAGACGAAGAUGUCUGAACUUCGUCUGUACUGCGACCUCCUCGUCCAGCAGGUCCAAACCAUCCAGUCACAGCACACUGCCGACACCGAGGAAACGCCCACUUCUGAGGCGUCUCUCCUCAGUGCAACCUGUGCAACUUUCAUCAGGACGUUGGAGGAGUGUAUGACCCUCGCCAACCAGAGUUUGACCCCUGACCUCCGACCUCCUGAAAGGAUGAAGAGGUCAAUCAGUCACCCUGGAACAUACAGCUUUGACAGGUCAGGUGUGCUUAAGGAGUACGUGACUGGAAGUCAAAGAUCAACUCAGCGCAGGAACCGGACGUGCUCUGACAGCUCGCUUUAUGAUACUGAACGUGUGCUGCUCAGCGUCAACGGCGACUCGUCCUCCAUUCCUGAAGAGAGAGGAGGCAGCGUGAGCACAAAGACCACACCCACUGACACAGACACUGACCUGUCCAUCUGAACACCUGACGUCCAUCACAACCCUGCUGGACUAUGAGAGAGGUCAAGAACCCCAACAACCUCAUUAAACAGAGGACGAGUUGACAGACA